AAUAAAUUAGGGGAUAAAAAAAGAAUAGAGAGCAGAACGAGAGAAAGGAAGAGAGACGGGGAAAGAUGUAAAGAGAGAGAUUUGGAAGGAGAGAGUACAAAAAACAUGGGACACAGCCUAGGGAGGAGGGUGUCAGUGACAGAGAGAGGGGGGGGGUCACCAAGAGAGGUGCGCUCAUUCGCUCACGAGAGCGAGUGAGAGAUAGCGAGAGAGAGAGAGCGAGGGAGAGAGCGUGUGAGCAUUUAGUCCUGCCAGAGCACAGUAGUGCAACAUCAACGGAGACGGGAUAAAGAAGCUCUGUGCGAGGGACAAGGGAAACAGAGGAAUACACUUCUGAAGAAAAACAAAGAGGGGAUGGAAUGAAAAAAAGCAUCCUACUGCUGUUGGUUAUCCUGUUUUAUCCAAUUUCUGUUGGAGAAUUCCAUAAGCAAAGAAACAGAGAAAACACAUACAUGUGAUAUAUAUCUAAAAUUCCUAUACAUAUAUAUCAAAUUAUGCCUGUUUUCACAGAAGCUGCUUUGGGGGAAGGACUGUGUUGAGGUCCCUUGCAUAACAAUUGGAAGACUGCUUUAAUGUGCAGCAUUUGGUAAAACUGUUGCAUAUUAAUGCUUUUUGCAAAUGAGCGUGAUAAAAGACCACAAACAACACAAACAGCUUUGCUGCAGUCCCAUUUUUGAAGGCUUCUUGAAAACAGGAUUUUGCAUUGCCUUUUGUUGUCGCCUCUCCAGUUAUCCUGCCCUUGGAACAUGCUGGGGAGUUGAGGCUUGGGUGUGUUGAAUGCAUGGACCGCAUUCCACAGGCUCUGUAAUACCCUCCUGUAUUCACAGCAGUAACGCGGCAGAAAGCCUGCUCUUUAGUUGUGUCUGAAAGAGGGAGAGGUAAGUGAGGAAGACAGAAGAAAGCAGAGAGCAAGAAUCAACAAAAAGCAGCAGAGAGGGAUUAUGGAGUCGUGGUAAAUAAACGAAGACAAGGAAAACAAGGAAGGGACCAAAACAAAUAAAGAAACUAACGACCGACCACAGUAAAGAAGUGGGACACUACGCAGAAAUGUAAUUACACCGCAUGUUCGCUCAAAAGUGAGCUUCUCAUAAAUUUAGACAAGGGAGGACUGGACUAGAUUCCACAGGCUGGGGGGAUUGUUCAAAGCGCUGCCCUUGUCAUUCCCCUAUCCCCUGCUUGGUAGCACUUGUGGGGUUGUAGUUGUCUGGCAGCAGAGCUGUAUUGGUGACCCCAUCCUUUUAGAAUCCCUCUCAGGUGUGGUGUGUCGCCGAUCCGACAGCACCAAGAGAAACCCACAACAACAGAGAGUGACUGGACCCCCAUCCCUCUAAACCCAUUAAGCCAAACUGACACUGACGGAGCGCUGUCGCCUAUGGAUUUGAAUGUGUGUGUGUGUGUCUGUGAGAGUGUGUGUGUGUGUGUGUGUGUGAGAAAGGCAAGCUGCUUCAGGUUCUGAGGACCUCUUUUAAAUCUGGACUAAAUCAUCAUUUCAGAUCUCAUAGGACUAUAUUGAAGAACUGCAGGCUGUGCUUUCGCUAGAGGGAGUGGAAACAAAAACCAAUAUACCUUUUUUUCUGGCAUAAUAUAAUAUUGAAGACCAAUUGUAGAAUAACAUCUAACUGGAAUUGCACAUCUGGAAAGGAAAGGAAUGAGAGCAUCAUGUUUCACUUAGAAGGGAUUAAAAAUGUCUGCAAGAAAAAUAACAAAGAAUCAAAUGAACAUUCAGUUGGAGACCAGGCAGUUGUUCGAGGCAAGAUAAUCUGAGAGGGGAAUAUCAACAACUCCCAUAUUUAUAGAUUAUGACAAGUGGAUUAUCUAGAAGUUCCAGUGCUUUGUCGUUUCCCCCACUUCAGCAUUGAUUAAUGCUUGGCAGGGCAAUUAUCAAAAUCUGUGUGUCCCUCUCCUAAAUGAAGACGUUUACAGAAAGGAGCUUGGAGCCUUGAGGAAUCUGCUUUUCCGCUGGCGCUGUUGGGAUUCCAAUCUCUCUGAUUUACGGAUAACACUUUCUUUACUGGGGGGAGAUUUUUUUUAAAUGCCACAGGCCAGUUCAUUUCUGGGUGACACCUCCUAAACUGGAGGUGCUCCAGAUUUCAGAUCACAUCUGCUAUUGACAUUUGGCAGAAAAGGGCUGUAUUUUCGCAACGCUGCCAGAACUGUGUGUCUGAGUCUGGGACUGAGUCACUGGGGACUCAUUUGUGAGGAGCAGGUUAAGAUUUGGGGUUAGUUUGUUUCACUUACUUGCUCAUCCCCCUUCUUGAUGGCAAUUUAUUACUUCACACUGAGCCUCCUGUAACUGAGUGCUGUAAUAACUCUCAGCAAAGUAAUUGAAAGCUCAACUCCUUUUCAAGUCUCUAGUGUGUGAAAUACCUAAAAGGCUAUUUUCAUGUCAUUUUUGUGGGGGGCAGUGAGAAGCCUGCAUUUCUGAAGUUGGUGUUUAUUGGCCUGCACCAGCUUUGAGACACUUCAGCAACUGAACAGAAGCAGCAUCCACAGGUAUCAAACAUGGCUGCCAAUUCUGUGCUCAUCUGCCUCGCCUUCAGCUUUCUGCUGGGCUUCACUUCACUGGGUCAGAACUCUAGAGAGGCUGGGGCAGAUGCCCAGGCCACCAACCAGACGGCAGCCACCUCUAAUUCUCCGGAGGCUACGCUGGCCACUCCGGUGGCGGAGGACCAGACCAUCCCAAUGAUAGGCAGCCGCUGCCGGGGCUACUAUGAUGUCAUGGGCCAAUGGGACCCACCGUUCAACUGCAAUGCUGGCGUCUACCUGUUCUGCUGCGGCUCCUGCUUUUACCGCUUCUGCUGCCAGUUCAAGGUGCACAGCCUGGAGCAGGAGUCCUGCUCCAACUACGACACGCCCGUCUGGGCCAACACCGGCAAGCCGGCGGCCCCCGUCACUGAGGUGCAGGAGGAGCCCGACCGAGACCGCACCCACAUGGUUGUCUACAUCAUCUGUGGCGUGGUGGCCAUUAUGGUGCUGGUGGGCAUCUUCACCAAGUUGGGCCUGGAGAAGAGCAGAGGUGGCCAGACAGACAUGACCAACUCUAGGGCCUUGACAGAGUUGUUGAAGCAGCCAGGAGAGGUGGGUGGAGUGGACGGGACCGGGGGUCACCACCCCAUAGGGACCAAUGGGAUCUCUGGCAGGUCACCGCGCAGCAACAAUGAUCACAACCACCUGAAUAACGCUGCCCUCUCACCCCUGGGUCCAGCGAUGGCACUCUCCCACCCUCACAACAACCUUGGUCUGGGCUUUAACAAGUGCGCCUCCCUCAAGGCUGUGGGGGUUUGGCCACUGGAUAACAGAGCUCUUACUGUAUCUGAACAAAGGAGGACAUUGUUGAGGUCUCUGGGGGUACCAGCAGAUACGGCAGCAAGAGACUACUACAAGGGCUACCCCAUGGUGGACUACUCCCGCCAUCACUCCUCGCCCCCCACCUUCCAGCCCAUCGCCUUUCACAAGGACAAGCCCUUCCUGCCCCCUCCAGACAUCCACGCCCCACUGGCCAUAACCAUCACCGCCGCCCAGCUCCCCAAGCCCAAGAUCUCCAAGACUAACACCCACCCGCUUACCUCCAGCUCGGCCUUCAAAGUCUGGGACCCCAGUAAGGGCCAUGUCCAGCAUCCAACGGCCUCCCACAUCGGGCAGGCACUGCAGCAGCAUCCGCAGCAUCCGCAGCAUCAGCAGCAUCAGCAGCAUCCGCAACAUCAACAGCAGUUACAUCAACAGCCCACCAGCCGCCGGCAGGCCUACUCCAACAAGCGGAAGUUCAGCAUUGAGACACUCCCGGAACUCUUCUCCCAGCCUCUGGGCUAUGGACAGUCGCCCCACAUGCACCCCAAAAACAAGGGGCUGCCCACCAACAGCAAGACAGAGGUCACAGUCUGAGCAUGAAUGUUUGGAGAGCAGGAGGGCAAGAAAAGAGUCUAUAGGACUGGGAGUAAGGCCAGGGGGCGAGAGCUUUUUGUACGAAUCAAUGUCGUGUUGAUGGCUGGGGGGACGAACAGGAACAAGCAAUCUUCUUUUGCUAUUUUAAUUGCAGGUUUUCUUCGUUAUUGAUAAUGUAACACCCAAAACGGAAGGUAAUGAUCACAUGAAGUGACUCGCUCUCUCUAGACCUGGUUCCCCUAAAUUCCCUCUCUGUCCCAGCGUCCUCCCUGUUUUGUUUUGGUCAAUCUCCUCUUUGCUCCCCCUGGCACCACUACUCUACAAACUACUCUACUCCCCCCCCCCCCCCCCCCCCCACCCCACACACACACACACACUUACACACUCUCCUACUUUUUGCAGCCUGUCAGAGUGGUACACAUGGGUAAAGCACCCCCAGGACCCUGAACAACAGCAGUGACAAUGCCAUUGUCUUGUCAGCUCCCAUCACUCUCCAUCCAGAACAGAGUAAGAUACCAUUCUGGCAAAUCUGUACCACCGAGAGAGAGAGAGAGAGAGGGAGAGGAAGAGAGAGAAACAGCGGGAAAGGAGGUGCUUGUUUAUUCAUCCUGAAGCGUAAGGGAUGAGGAACUAAGCCGGACAGAGGUUUGGUGCGGCAAGCACCUCCUGUUCGUCACCUGCUAGAGAAGAGCCCUGAAGCUUUAGGCCCCCUGGUCGUCAAAGCUGGGGAAUCUCACACAGUGGUUGUGUCUGGAGACUCCCUGGGGAUCGUCAGCGUCCACGUCUCUCAGCGAUGUGUUGUUUGUUGUUGUCUUAACCGGUGAUGCAUGCAUCGGAAAGGGCAAACAGCACAGGUAUCAGCAAGGUCACCACAGUCGUGUUAAAUGGUACGGUCUAUGUUAGUGAAGCUUCAACGCAAAUCGCAAGGGACAAUAUAGGCGCCUGCUAGAGGGCAGGACAGGCCGCCGUGUCUGUCCCGGGUAAUAUGGUGCCAAAGGCAAUGCAAGGGUGGAAAGUUGUAGGUGUGAAGUAAAGGUCAUUGCUUUUUUAUUUUAUCUUAGCUUUGGCUUGCUGUUGAAGAAUUUAUCCAAACAUGAAUGCACAAACGUCAGGAAGAAAGAAAACUCAUACACAGAGUAUUUUAUAAAAGUAUGUCUUCCAGACUGGCAGCAAUUCAUGUGAUGCAUGCAUAUAUUAUUGUAAUAUUAAAAUAGGCUUUAAUAUGAUUAUUUUGUUGAAUGCAGGUGUAUGGUUCAUCUAUAUGUAUAAUGAGUCACUGUAAAUGCAGCUGGGUUGAAGCUAGUGGCUACACAUAGACAUUACAGUAAGUCUUUCCCAACCACAAGGAUUAUUUCCAGCUACAGGAGAGCAAGCAACUCCUCUUGGCUCGUUAUCAUUUUACACUUGACCGCAAGGUACAAUAUUUGCAUGGAAACCUGAUACGUCUAAGUUCACACAAGCGCCGUCCUUCACCAUACAUUUGAUGCAAUUUAGCCCAAGCCUCAAGCUUAAUGUAUUAUCUUAAGUAAACAGGUUACGCCGCAGUGCAUACCUACGCCCAGGGUAUUCCAGACAGGUGGAACCGUAUCAACGGAUGGCAGCCAGUCAGUCGUGUUUACUAGAGUCAUUCACCAUUUGCUGCUAGCUCCUCCCCACCAACCAGCUUCCAGCCUGUUCCUGAGCUCCACCAGACCCCCUUUCCUCUGCUCUCCCUUUCCCAGUGGGGUUGACUUACGGUGGGAGCCUCCAGCAUCCAACCCCUGCAUGGUCUUCCAAGCUGUUCCCAGCCAGGGGACACCAUGCCUCCUCAUGGGGGGUGCAGCCAUAACUAAUGAUACUCAAUCCCCAGCAUGGCAGGCCCUCACACACUCUCACACACUAGGCAUGCAUGGAGUGGAGCAGGGCUUUCACAGUGUUAAAUGAUUUGGAGAUUCAUUCGGCUGCUAUUGUCGAGCCAUUCUGUGUUACGGACAGACAGAAAGUGGUUUCACUGUAGCAGCAUGAUAUGGAAUAUAAGACAUUUGAAUUGAUUUAAACUACGUGCAGACUAUUACGUUUCUGGGUUUAUGCUUAUGUUACAUUUCAUUGGGGAUUUGAUUUAUCUGUCCACGGUUCAUACUUCAGGAUUUCUAAAGCUGUUAUGUAAUCUACAUAAGACCCACUUGGAGUUGUUGUUUUUAUGAUAUGGUUGAAUAAAAGUAAAUCAGAAAUA